AUGGUAACCACAUCCGAUACAAAUCAUCCUGAUUAUGAUGGGUUUGGAGAUGGCUUCCCUAACGAUAUCGCUGUAUUGGAACUUGAAUCAGCUUUACCAUUCAGUAGUUCUAUUGCAAAGAUUGAGUUGGCAGAUGACGAGGGGAAUUUUUCGGGAGACAAAUGUAUGAUUACAGGAUGGGGUCUGACAAAUGAUGAACCAGGUCUUCCAGAUGUGUUACAGGAAGUAACAAUGACAGUAUUGACUAAUGCUGAUUGUACCGACAAAUGGUCAACUGUUACUGGGGCUACAAUCAACGGAGGUCACAUUUGUAUCGGUAAUGACCAAGACAGCGGCAAAUCAGCAUGCAAUGGUGACAGUGGUGGACCUAUGCAAUGUGAGGUACAGGGAACAACCUACCUGGCAGGAGCAACAUCAUGGGGAAUCAGUGGGUGUGGAGUAGGGUACCCUAGUGUAUAUACAAGGAUUUCAUUCUUCAGAGAUUGGAUCAGACAACAGACAGGGAUCUAAAUUAAAGGAUGUAAAAU